AUUUCAUCUACGUGUCUUUGAUCUCACAAGGAAAUGGAUAUUGUUAUUUCAAUUGCGUCCAAAAUUGCAGAGUCCUUGGUGACACCAAUGGGCAGAGAAUUUGGCUAUUUAAUUUACUAUGAUACCAACAUGAAAGAUCUAAAGGAUGAACUUAAACAGCUUUUUGAGAUGAAAGAUGGGGUGCAAGAAUUGGUUAAUGUUGCCAAAAGAAAUGGUGAAGUUGUCAACUCUGAUGUUCAAAGUUGGCUAACAAGUGUUAACAAUUUAAUUCAGAAAGUGUUGCAUUUUGAGGAAGAAGUCAGCAUGAAAAGGCGAUGCUUAUACCGGUGGAACAUAAGUAGGAAAGCCACUAAGAUUACACAAGAUGUUCGUCAUCUCCAAAAACAAAGAACAUUCAAUAAUAAAGUUGCCCAUCCUGCACCUCCACCGAUGAUAUGGUCAACAUUCAAAGAAGGUUUUAAGGAUUUUAAAUCCAGAAUGACAUGUGUGAAUAGCGUGAUAGAGGUUUUAAAGAAUGAAGAAGUUAGAAUGAUUGGGAUUUGUGGUAUGGGGGGUGUGGGUAAAACCACAAUGGUGAAAGAAAUCAUCAAAAGAUUGGCAGGAUUGAAAGUAUUCGAUAAUGUUGUGAUGGCAGUUGUGUCCCAAAGCCCAAGCAUUCAAAAGAUUCAAUUAGAAAUUGCAGAGGAGCUGGGGUUUAAAUAUGACGAGAAUACCGAAAGUGGAAGAGCGCGAAGGCUCUACGGAAGACUCAUGGAAAUAAAUAAGAUCCUCAUUGUAUUAGAUGAUGUGUGGACAGAGCUCGAUUUUGAGGCUAUUGGACUUCCUUAUGGACCUCAUAAAGGGUGCAAAGUUCUGUUGACAUCGCGAAACUUGGAAGUGUGCAAUGCAAUGGGAAGUCAAGAAAUUUUUACAAUCCCAGUUUUAACACCAGAGGAAUCAUGGGAACUCUUCCGUGAAAUCAUAGGUAAACCCUUGGACCAUCUUGAUUUGGCUAAACGAGUCACAAAUGAGUGUGCAGGUUUACCUAUUGCUAUUUUAACUGUUGCGAAAGCACUAGAAAAUAAGAGGAGGCAUGAAUGGGUUGAUGCACUCAAACAGCUACAAAGUUCAGCUCCUGGAAGCAUCUCUUCGAUGAAUGACAAAGUUUAUUCAAGCAUACAAUGGAGUUAUGAUAGAUUGGAGAGUGAUGAAGCGAAGUCAUGCCUUUUGCUUUGUUGUUUAUUUCCUGAAGAUUAUGAUAUUCCAAUUGAAUAUUUGGUUAGAUAUGGAUGGGGUCGAGGGUAUUUUAGUAACAUUGAUUCAGUGGAAGAAGCAAGAAAUAGAGUGCAUUCUUUGGUUGACAAACUUCAAAGAAGGUUUUUGUUGCUAGAGAGCAAAUGGGGAUACCAUACCAAGAUGCAUGACAUAGUUCGUGAUGUUGCCAUAUCAAUUGCCUCAAGAGAUCCACAUAGAUUUCUAAUAAGAUGCGAUGCUGAAAAGAAAGGGUGGCCAAAGAUAUACGACCAUUGCACAACAAUCUCACUGAUACCAAUUAAUAUUGAUGAGAUCCCAGUUGGCCUGGAGUGUCCAAAACUUGAGCUUCUACACUUAGAAGGCGAACGUUAUUCGGAAAAUAGCAUGGACAUCAUGUGUAAAGGGAUGAAAGAGCUGAAGGUUUUAGCAUUGGUAGACAUGGGUGGGAUAUCAGCCUUGCCAAGGUCACUAGGACUACUGAAGAGCCUUCGAACCUUGUCCCUAAAUGGUUGUCGUUAUUUAACAGAUAUAUCUAAUGUUAUUGGAAGAUUAGAAAAUUUAGAGAUCCUCAGCUUUCGUGAAUGCAUUAACAUCUUAGAGUUGCCGAGGGAAAUUGGACUUCUUAAACAUUUAAGGUUGUUAGAUAUCACGGAUUGUGAUCGUCUUGAGAAGAUUCCACAUGGUCUCUUAUCGAGCUUAUCUAGUCUUGAAGAGUUGUAUAUGGAAAAUAGUUUUCGCAAAUGGGAACAAUCAGCAGCAGAAAGCGAAGAUAAGAGGAUGGCAAGCCUUGUUGAGGUGAUGUCUUUAUUGUCUAAUCAUUUGAAGGUUUUAGUCAUAGAUAUACCCGAUUUCAACUUCUUUCCAAAAGACUUGUACUUGACAAUCCAGACAACAAUAAGAUUCCACAUAUCCAACUCACUUGGACCAUCGCCGGUUAAAACUCCAUCAACAAGAGCUGGUUGUUAUGCAUUCGAAAAUAAGUUGGAUAUUGUUGAAAGUGAUGCAAGGGAAUUCAUGGAGAUUCAAAUUGUUCGUGUCUUAUUUAAGAAAUGUGAAGAUUUAUUCUUGAAAAGGAUUAAGAAUUUAAAGUAUGUCCUCAAUGAAUUAGACCAAGAGGGAUUGCAACACUUAAAAGUUUUAACAAUUUGGGAGUGCCCCGAGAUAGAAUACCUUGUAAAUGGAGCAACAAUAUGCCACGACCAACUUCCACAGAGCUCUUUUAUCAACUUAAGAUAUCUUGAAUUACUAUAUUGCCCUGUUUUAAAAUAUGUAUUUUCUCUAUCAGUAGCAAGCAACUUGGUUCAACUCCAAAGCUUAAGUGUUGCCAUUUGUCCCCAAAUGAAAGAAAUCGUCUCAAAGGAGUGGAGGGAACAUGAGACGGCAUCGGACAUCAUAGCUUUCCCUAAAUUAACAAAGUUGACAUUCGAAUAUCUAUCUGAUGAAUUUGUUGGUUUCUACGAAGCCAACAAUGAGGUAUGAACUUCAUAUGAUGAGCAUCAACCUUCUAGAAGCUUUGAAAGAGCAGUAUUUCCAUCAAAGUGCAUUUUAUGGUUACAAAAUCUAGAAGAAGUGGAACUACAAGAGGCCAAUGUAGAUGUGUUCUUUGAUCUGAAAGGCCAUAUGGUUAGGGAUGGGCAGGCAGUUCCAGCAUUUUCUCAUUUACAAAAUUUGUCCAUAUGGCAUUCUCGAUGUCGACACCUUUGGAAGAACAUUCCGCGUGGAUUCCAGGGCUUCCAAAACUUAAGAUAUUUAAACAUAGGAGGUGGUCAUGAUCUCCAAUAUGUGUUCCCACAUUCAAUUGCCAGGCUACUUGUGAAUCUUGAAGAGCUCAACAUAGCGAGAUGCUGGAGCAUGGAAACUAUAGUCAGAUCCGCUGAUGAAAAUGAAAAAGAGGAUCAGACGGGCAUGACUUUGUUUCCCAAACUAAAUAGUUUUGAUCUACGCCGGCUUCCGAGUCUUGAGAGUCUUUGUCCUGAUGCUUCUACUUCUUUAUGGUCAACCGCCAAAGUUAUGUCUGUGGAAAGAUGCAACAAACUGAAGACAUUGGCUUCAGUAAUUCCACAAAUAAAACAGUUGGAAAAAGAUUCAAUAGCUCAUCAUGAAGACGAAGACGAAGGUAUUUCAUCAGGAUCAUGUGGAUGUACACCUUAUUCAUGUGGCCCAAUGACCAAACCUACUUCAAGAAGAAAUAUUGUUCAAAUAUUGCCACGUCCAGUCAAUCAAGAGGUUGCACCAACAAAUCUUGAUCAAGACUCAAAUGAUUACGAUAAUCUAGAACGUCUUUCUGUACUAUCUUGUGAGUCAUUGGAAGUUGUUUUCCAACUCAAGGGACCAAAGGCUGUGGAAAGCCACAAUGUUCAAGCAUUCAAUAAGUUGUGUUACUUGCUAUUAGACAAAUUGCCAAGUUUAAUGCACGUAUGGGAAACGGGCAGUUCACAUCAUAUCACAGGCUUCGGAAACUUGACAUUCUUAAGUGUAUCCCACUGUGGCAGUUUGCGAUAUUUGUUCUUGUCAACUGUAGCCAAGCUCCUAGUCAAUUUAGAAGACUUAAAAGUUGGGAAUUGUGAGAAGAUUGAACACGUUAUUGCAGAAGCAGACACUGAAUGUGCUGAUCAGGAAAUUACAUUUCCUCGAUUGAAUUCCAUGACGCUUGACGAUCUACCAAACCUUAUGUGUUUCUCAACUGAAGCUUAUACUUUGAAGUUGCCAUCUUUGAUGGAAUUGAAGGUUAUAAAAUGUCCAGAUUUAAGAACAUUUGCUUCUAAGGUUGUCAACACACAUUCUGUAAUCCAAGUACACACAGAGUUGGGAAAGUCUGAGUGGAUGGGGGACCUCAAUAGCACUAUAGGGAACAUUCAUGAAAAAAGGGAAACACAGAGAAGUGCAGAGGUGAGUAUAUACAUGUUGCCAUCUCCAACUUCUAUAUUAAGGAAACACUGA